AUGGUCAACUCCACAGAACAUGUCCAGGUUAACAUCGUUGGCAUGAAUGGUGGUGACAACGAGUCCGCCGACGUCACCUUUGAGUACAAUCACAGGCGCAUCACUUUGUCCCUCUUUGCAAGCCCUAAUCGAACCGAAGAGAACCUAGAGGAUCGAAUGAUUCGUAUCGUGAAUGAUGCCAUACUUGCUGACGAGCAAGAGUACGAUACCAUCACCGAUCAAAUCUACGACGUUAUCCUUGAUGUUGGACGAAUCCCCUUUUCACAAAUUGCACCCUUGAGCACCACCGCGCCCAGCAAGGAUCUACAUUCACUUCUAUACCCUGAGACUCUCGACUAUCGUCUCCGGACCAUCGACGGAAAGGCGACCAUCAUUCCUAUUGAUCUAGAGGAGUCGGUUUCCGUCCCCAAUACUGGACCGAACCCUGCAAUUGUGACAGAAUUCCAGGCCACGAAAGCGAUACCACGAUACUCCUCUAGGGACGUACAGGUCCAGGAGGUUCUUGUCAGCGGUUACGGCACCGUAUGCAAAGCUCGUGUUGGGUUCCAGACCAUGCUCUGUAAGGCUCACAGCCAAGGGCUCGAAAACCCAAGUCUUGAACGAGAGCUGGUCGCCAUGCAGAAAAUAUGGAAUGUUUGCAGUGGCCCUGCUGUGAAUAUCCGCGUCCUUCACCUUCAAGGAUAUGUCACAUUUGCGGAUUCAAGAGAUAUCAUCGGUCUAUUACGCGAUUGGGUUUUACCUAGUUCUUACGGCAGCACUCUACGAGAUAUGGAUAUUUCAGCUGUACCAAGGGAGAUGAAGAAGAAGUGGCUAGAUCAGAUACGCGAGACGGUAGAUAAGUUACAUGAGAUUGGUGUGGUUGGGGUGACGGCAAGGCGUCUAAUGUCGUCGUCGAUCAAGAGGACAACAUCUGGCUCAUCGACUUUGCCGGUGGGUGGACCGAAAGAUGGGUAG